AUGAGCCCAAAUACGUUGGCUCCCAAUGACAUCCUCACGGAUGACGAUUACUUUAUAUGGGAAUUUAAUGCACGCAUGGCACUCGCGCGCAAGGAUCUUUUGGAUCACGUUUUAGUUAAGCCAGAGCCGGCAGUGCUACGAGAGAAUCCCGGAUGGAAAGUCGCCGAUAUGAAGGCUCUGGCUGUGCUGGUAAAGCUGCUCUCUCCAACCUAUCAGUGUAUGGUUCAAGAAUGUGAGUCUGCUAUUGAGGCCUGGGAGGUGUUGAAGACAUUCUUAGCAAAGAAGAAUCUUCACAACCGAGUGCAACUUCGAAAGGAACUCCAUGAGUUUGUGAUGGAGACUGGUACGAAUCUAGUGGAUCAUCUACUGAAGUUUGAUGAGCUGUGUCUAAAGCUCAGGGCUGCCGGUGACAGCAUGGAUGAUGAUGAGAAGCUGGUUUUGCUUUUGGGAAGUUUAUCAUCCGAAUACGAUUAUAUGGUGCGCAUUAUCGAGGCACACAGUAACGUGACGCUGCUGGACGCGAAAGAGAUGCUCCGUCGUGAGUAUGACACUCUUUAG